GGCUUCGUUAUUUAAAGUUGAAUCAGGAGGGGAGCAAAGUUUUCACAGCCGGGACAGCGUUGCCUAGCAGCUGUGAGCGGGACACCGGGACUCCGACACCGCUUUAACCCCAGUACGAAGAGCUAGAACCCGGACUUCCCCCUUCCGCUGACUGCCUGACAUCUGUCCGUCUCCAUCCCGAAGUCUGACUGGAAACAUGGCCCAGACCGUGACACUCAUGGGACCCUCUCCGUGGGGUUUUCGUUUGGUGGGAGGACGUGACUUCAGCACACCGUUAACCAUCUCCAGGGUAACACCAGGCAGUAAGGCGGCCCAAGGUGACCUGUGUCCAGGAGAUACCAUCCUGGCUAUCAACGGUGACAGCACGGAGCACAUGACACACAUGGAGGCUCAGAACAGGAUCAAAACCUGUACUCAACAGCUCACACUCAGCAUUAGCAGGUCAGGAUCAGGAGAUAGAGUGUGGUCACCGACAGUCAGUGAAGACGGCAAGACAAGUCCUUACAUGGAGCCCGACUCACAGAACUUCCGUCCCAUCACCAGUGGAUAUACAGGUUACAGCCGUAAGCCUUCGUACACUCCAGAGCCUCCGUCACCACAAACUCCACAGUCCACUCACCUGAACAACGGACACCCCAAGCCCAACAACGGCCACAGCUAUGGGUAUGGAAACGGCACUGGACACAACAACCAGUACAACAACCCUGCAGGACUUUACUCACAUAACGGCAGCAAUGGAGACAGAUGUCUGCCAAGCAAGAUGGGAGGCCUCAGCCUCAGCGCCACACACAGCCCAGAGCCGCCUGUACACUCCCCCGGAGGCCGUAACGGGUUCGACCCACAGUCAGAUGUCUACAGGAUGCUGCAGGACUAUGAGGAGCCAGUCUCUGAACCCAAACAGUCUGGUUCCUUCAAAUACCUUCAGGGAAUCCUGGAGGCUGAGGAUGGAGGUAUGUCUCCAACAGAGAGAAUGAGAAAUUUAAAGUCCCCGGUCCGGUCUCCAAUCCCCAAGCUGGGAAGCCCUAUCCCCAGCCCCAUGUCUGGUCUUCAGAAGCUACCCCAGUGCACACGCUGCUGCAAUGGCAUUGUUGGCACAAUCGUGAAGGCCAGGGACAAGCUCUACCAUCCAGAGUGCUUCAUGUGCGAUGACUGCGGCAUCAACCUCAAACAGAGAGGCUACUUUUUUAUUGAGGACAAUCUAUACUGUGAGACCCACGCCAAGGCACGUGUCCAGCCGCCAGAGGGCUACGACGUGGUCGCUGUCUACCCCAACUCCAAGGUGGAACUGGUCUGAGAUGAUACUGCACCAUAACAUAACAGGGAGACCAAUAUAUGUGGAAAGGGGGGGCCUCUGAGUAUCCUACCCUGCAAUUAUGAGGCACUGUCAAACAUAAAUGUUGAUUUUGAAACUGUUUACCUGAUCCUGGAUCAGUAUUUUGUCAGUUCCCAUCUUAGCUUAAUCAUGUUGUGGACAUCAGGCACAUUGUUAAAAGCUGGGAUCUGGUGAACAUCCCAAAGCACAAACCAUUUAUUACAUCCAGUGACCUGACAACCCUCAUCAGUCAAUCAGUAUAAAUACACUGACAUAAAUCACAAGCAGAUGAACCCAGUUAAGUCUGGAUCAGAUACAUCCAUUACAAUAUUUUACCAGAAUAUCUUCACAAAACAGCAAAAGAAACAAAUAGAAUUUUAGCUACAUGCUCUGAGAAAAUGACUACACCAGGAUGAACCAGCUAUCACAGAUUUGAUCUUCAUCCUCAUUAUAUCACAGAUGCCAUGAAAGCGCUCACUAUGAGCCUUAGAUGAAUUCCUAACACUGGUGUGCAUGUAGCAUGCUUUAUCCUUAGAGUUUUUUGAGGUGAUCAGUGUGUUUUAAUGAAUUUGAGGAACAGGGGUGGAUUUUCUCUUAUACUUGCCUUCAGACUCAUUUUGCUUUAAGAUAUCAUAACCACAGUAUCCAAACAUGUCAAUCCUUGCUUUUCAAAGUCAUGUGGUGUUUAAGUUUUGGUUGAGGGGCUCAAAGGUUUCAGUGUAUUUUGAACUAUGUCACAGUUACACAUUAUCCUGUUGCUGAUGGAGUUUUGCACUUGUAAUGUUCAUGUGUGCAGUCAAUUUCAGUGGGGAACAUGUCUGUUUUUAUUGUCAUUUUUAUCAACAUUGCAUUUUAAGCGGUUGUAAUAGUGAUUAUCUCUGGAAUGUUUUGGGGAAUAGUUUUACUGAACUAUAACCUGAGGUAAAUGUAUCCGUCUGCAGCUAUGCAAGCAGCACCUUCUGAAAUGUAAACACAACUCUGUAGGAGACAAAAAUCCUGUGAGAAACUCUUUCAGGAGAUAUUCUCUCUGAUGUGAUUACAUAAACACACAAAGAAAUGAGACUUUAAUGCUGAGUUUGCAUGCAGUGUUGACAUUUUAAAGAGGAUGGUUGCACAUUCACACACAUGAUUUACUUCUGACUCAUGCACCUGACUGAGGGGAAUUUUAACUCCAAAUCUGGUUAAAGAACAAAAAAAAAAGGACACGAGCAUGAAGUUCACUGUUUA